CGGGUUUGAGUCCUGCUGCGGUGCCGAACAGCAAACAUGCGAUUCGGGCAACAAGCGUGCCUCCAACACGGAACAGUUCUUUAGGUAACAUUCACAUGGAGCGGUCUUCAAUGGCAGGAAAAAGUCGGAAAAGCCAGGCAUUGGGACAACUCGGAGGCGCUGCUUCUCCACAGCAGUCUUGGCGGAGCAGUCUUGGCGGAUCUCCACCGCAGCAACAGCCUCAGGUGGAUCCGGAAUCCGGAUUGCUCAUACCUACUGGUGUGACCAACAUGACAGCAAACUUUGUGGCUGCUGCCGGAGCCUCGCCACCUCCUGGCGUUGGCAAUAGCAGAACUUCUAGCGCUAUCAACCGCAAUACCCUGAAAAGCGGAGGCGGCGGUGGCUUAGUCGAUGCGAUAUUUCCCAGUGCUGCUGGCAAGCGAGCUUCUAUGAGGACUAUGGCCCGAGGAAGCAAUGCCCGAAUUGUGCAGACAGAAGGUGAAGAUGGAUCCCCCAUUGACGCAGAUGAAGGCGAAGAAGGUAACGCUGCUGGAGAUUGCAACGACCCCCUCCCUGCUCCAGGUCGUAGUCGUAGCAUCAUUCGUGGUGGACGUCGUGCCUCCGUGCUUUUUCCG